AUGUCGGCGGGUACGAGCAGCGCUACGGGGUCCCAAGCCAUCCCAGCGCACGUCGGGAGCAGCCAUGGGGCACUUCACGGCGACAGUGGUACGCUCUUCCCUGCCAAAUCAACUGCAUGCCCGCAUCCUUCUCACAUUCCAAGCAUUCUAUCACAUCACUCCUCUACUCGACCCGCCAUCUCGCUCGAGUUCUUCCCGCCCAAGACAUCUUCAGGUCUACAGAACUUGUAUGCUCGGAUAUUGAGAAUGAAAACUCAAUGCGGACCUUCUUGGAUGCAAGUGACUUGGGGAGCAGGCGGAAGCACGCAAAAUAUCAGCAUGGUGCUUGCCGGCAGAGUGCACAAGGGACUGCUCAGACCCGCUGAUUUGGACUGGACAAGGUGGAAGAGUCCGUCGCUGGAAGGGGAAAGCAGGAAUAAGACGCUGGAAGAAAGAGAGAUUGAGGCUAUCGUUGAAGCUCCUGCCAACGAUGAAUUGGCAACAGAAUGCUGUUUGCAUCUUACCUGCACCAACGUCAGCAGAGAAGCGCUGGAUAUCACCUUAAAGGUGAGUGGCGGGAUGGAUGCGUGGUCAAAAGAGACCCCACAUGCACGUUGCGCCUAUGGCGUAGGCGUACGCCUCUUCGAUGUCUCAAGAGAGGGACGUCGAGCGGUGGCAGGCCUGACCGCCCUUGUCGUCCUGCCUUUCACCUUUAGCAAGCGAGAGCGAUCGGCAUCCGGAACCUGCUAGCUUUAAGAGGAGGUGAGUGUGGUUAGGAAGUUGUUGAGACAUGGACGUGCACCAGUGUGCCUGAGAACUUCCCCUGUCUGGACGGCGCAAACAAGAUCCUCCACGAGGCUCAGAGUACUGGACUCCUUCCGACAAUCGAUUUCAACAUGCCGAGGACCUAGUCCGGUACAUACGCUCUGGGCAUGGAGACUGGUUUUCGAUUGGGGUGGCGGGUGAGUGGUCCCUUUACCACGAGCGCUGCCAGCUACCUGGCUUCCAACCUCGCAGCUUCUACACCACAGGCUACCCCGAGGGUCACACAGAUUCUUUGACGCCUUCGGGAGAGGCUGAGAUUCCAGUUUUGCUAUCCAAGCAGCGAGCUGGCGCAUCGUUUAUAGUGACGCAACUGUUUUACGAUGUUUCUCUCUACCACUCCUGGCUCGCCAACGCUCGUGCUGCUGGCAUCACUAUUCCGAUCAUACCGGGUGUUAUGCCAAUUCAGAAUUACACCUCCUUCAGGCGCAUCACCGGUCUGUGCAAGAUCCAAGUGCCGCAGGAACUAAGAAGGAGACUGGAGGAUCCUACACCUGAAGAGAUUGCGAGUGCUCAAAGCAGUGGUGCAGCAGCAGCUCAAGGAAAGGAGCAGAGGGAUAAGAUCAAUGUCAGGAACGACGACGCCAGAGUCAAAGAGGUUGGAAUAGAAUGGAGCAGAGAAAUGUGCCGGCUGAUGUGGAGGGAGAGCGUCAAGUCAAGAGAGGAGAGAGGUGCAAUGGAGGAAUCCUUGCAUCGAAAUCAUGCGGCUUUCCACAUGUGUACGCUCAAUCUAGAAAAGAGCGUCACAAGAAUAUUGCACGACCUGAGCUGGGCUGGACCUUCGCAAAUGACCAACAAAGCAUCUGUGAGUCUUGUGGAGACUUUUGCGCUCCAAUGCAAACCUGGCAAAAACGAACCUGGCAAAAGUACUAAUGUCGCCUUGUUGUAUGGCGACUCUGGUAACUCAGACCCAUGAUGCGGCCUUCGCAGAGAACACCUUGGCCACGAAUGGGACCAACGCAGCCGAUUCCGGUUCCGCACGUAGCGUGGCAAAACUUCAUGCCACCCUCAAUGAUUCCCUAAGUGUCUCUGCUCCUGCAGCCUUGUGGGACGAAUUCACUAAUGGGCGCUAUGGCGAUAGCAGAAGUCCGGCUUUUGGGGAAAUCGAUGGCUAUGGCGUCAGCUUGAAGGUGCCGGUGAGUUUUCGGAUUGUGUUGGCACAGAGCACAGAGCGACGAGGGCCGCGAGGGCCGCGAGUAGAGCUAGAGCAGCGGAAACUUGGCUCAAUAUUCUUCAAAUUCCGCUGCGUCCAUACUGACGUGCAUCUCUUUGUCACCCUCCCUGCCCUUGUCCUGUUCCAACCGCAGCCUGCCGAUGCGCUGAGGGUAUGGCGUACACCGGUGACGGAAGGCGAUAUUUCAGCGCUGUUCGUGGCCUACCUCUCGGGAGAGAUUCAGGCUAUUCCUUGGUGUGACAUUCCAAUCUUGAACGAGACGCAAGCGAUCCGAGAAGAGCUCUUGAGUCUCAACAGAGCGCCAUCAGCUUCUUUAGGACAGGGUGAUCAUUCCACCAUUGGAAAGGGAUGGUGGACUGUAGGAUCCCAACCCGCUAUUGAUGGUGUCGACUCGUUGGAGCCUACGUUCGGCUUUGGACCUAAAGGAGGCUACAUCUUUCAAAAGGCCUUUGUAGAAUUUUUUGUAGACGAAGAGCAGAUGCUGGCGUUGUGUCGACGAGUGGAGGAGUCUGAUGGGCUCGUUGGCUUGCUAGCGGGCAAUAGAGAGGUGAGGCUAGCCGAUUCUUGAUGGGAUUAUAGGCGGAAGGGCUAAGCUUUCUCCUGCUUUUCAAAUCUUGAAUCUGCAAUCAUCCCAAAGGGCAAUUUCAAGACGACACUCGAGCCCAAUGCUGUGAACGCCGUCACGUGGGGCGUCUUCCCGGGUCAAGAAAUCGCGCAGAGUACGAUCAUCGAGGAAGAGUCGUUCAAAGCUUGGCGUGUGGGUAUCGUCGUCUGCUUUCCCUCGUAUCUCUGUUCAGUCGAGUAUGACAUGCUCACACCUCAUCCGCCCGCCUCGAUGACUGCUUCUGUGCGCGCUUGUAGGACGAAGCCUUUGAGAUAUGGGCAGAGUGGGAAUUGCUGUUCCCGCAAGGCUCGCCAACACAGCGAUUGCUCAAAUCCAUCGGCGACAACAAGUGGCUCGUCACCGUCAUUCAUCACGAUUUCAAAGAUCCUGGAGCACUCUGGAGAUUUUUGGGGUGUGGGAGGAGCGAGCAUUCACAUUAG